CACUCUCUUUCUCGCGAUCUAAAUAUUUCCGCUCCGACGGACCCCAGGCCGAGCGAGCCACCCACCCGCCCUCGCGACCAUGGACAUGCGGGCCCUCAACUUGAAGGCCGCCGGGCCCUCCUUCCUCGCGCCGCGGCGCCACCCGCCGGCGACCUGGGCUCCCCUCCCCGCCGGGGAGAUCGGGAGGAGGCGGCAGCCGGCGCGGUUGACCAAGCUGGCGGUGAGCGCGUCGGGGAAGAAGAGCAGGAACGGCCGCGACGGGGACGACCCCAAGAGCAAGCCCUCCCCUUCCGGAAAAGGUGAUGCAUCUACUCCCAUUGGAGAUGAUGAUGCCGAUGCAGUAAGCCAAAAUCAUGGCGAACUGAAACCCAGUGACACGAUGUAUGUACCAAGCAACCUGUCAUAUUGGCGAGAUGUGAGAGCAAGCUUUGUGAUUCCAAAGUCGGUAAGUCCAAUCCUUUUGGACUAGUUAUUCCAAAUGUCG